AUGGGUACGGGAAAGAAAGAGGCCAACCGGCGAGUCCGCCAGGGCAAAACAGGGGAUGGCCUCGCAAAUGUGCGCGUCAAGGGCGAAAACUUUUAUCGCAAUGCGAAGAAGGUCAAGACCUUGAACAUGUAUAAGGAGGGGAAGGCGCAGAGAAAUGCCGAAGGCAAGAUAACCAAGGCCGCCUCUUACCAAUCUCGGGACGUCCCAGAUGCUCGAAUCGAGCCGAAUCGAAAAUGGUUCACAAAUACCCGAGUUGUGUCACAGGACACGCUCAAUGCGUUCCGGGAUGCUAUGGCUGAGAAGGCAAAAGAUCCUUACCAAGUCCUCCUCAAGUCGAACAAACUUCCUAUGAGUUUAAUUCGAGAUGGUCAGGACACUAAUGGGAUCAAACAGCAUAAGGCGAAGAUGACCGUCGAAACCUCGCCUUUUGCUGAAGUAUUUGGGCCAAGGGCGCAGCGCAAAAGAGUUAAACUCAAUGUUAGCAGCCUAACGGAUCUGGCUGGGGAUACGGAGAAGAGUAUGGACUCGUACCAGGAUCGUUUGGAGCAGGCCAGACUUCUCAGCGGGCUGUCUGGACAAGAUGAAGAGGAGCGCCAAGUGACCAUGGCUAUUGAGCCAGUUUUCGACAAGGGCCAGAGUAAGCGUAUCUGGAAUGAGCUCUACAAAGUUAUCGAUUCCUCUGACGUCGUUAUCCAUGUCCUGGAUGCUCGCGAUCCCGUCGGAACCCGAUGCCGGAGCAUUGAGAAAUAUCUCAAGGAAGAGGCGCCACACAAACAUUUAAUUUUUGUGUUGAACAAGUGUGAUCUUGUCCCAACCAGCGUUGCCGCUGCUUGGGUUCGAAGCUUAUCCAAGGAAUAUCCAACAUUGGCUUUUCACGCCAGCAUCAACAAUUCAUUUGGCAAGGGCUCCUUAAUUCAGCUAUUACGACAAUUCUCCACACUCCAUGCCGACAGGAAACAGAUAUCUGUUGGUUUGAUUGGGGGCCCCAACACUGGCAAGUCUUCUAUUAUUAAUACUCUUCUGAAGAAGAAGGUCUGCACUGUCGCCCCUAUCCCUGGUGAGACUAAGGUUUGGCAAUAUGUGAGCCUUAUGAAGAGAAUAUACCUCAUAGAUUGCCCGGGCGUUGUACCGCCAUCAAGCACUGAUACUCCUACUGACCUUGUCCUCCGCGGCGUCGUCCGAGUCGAGAAGGUAGAGCAUCCAGAGCAGUACAUAUCAGCGCUUGUAGAUAGGGUAAAGCGUCAUCACAUGGAAAAGACGUAUGAUCUCAAAGGGUGGACAAAUGCGACUGAGCUUCUCGAGCUCCUUGCCAGGAAAAGCGGCCGCCUUCUUCGUGGAGGAGAGCCUGACUUGGAUGGCGUCGCUAAAAUGAUGUUGAACGAUUUUAUGAGGGGUAAAAUUCCCUGGUUCACCCCAGCUCCGUCGAUGAACUCCGACAGCAACGGUAUUGCUGGCCGUGACGGACGGCUCGGUGAGAUGCCGAAAAAACGCUCCAUAGAGGACACUGAGGAUCCCUCCACAAGUACCUUGCCUACGGUUCCUGGGAAGGAGCACGGUGCGACUGAUGCAGAUAGCGAAGAAGUCUUCGAAGGCUUCAGCAGCGACGCUGAGCCACCUACCACCUCAGACCCGACCACCGACGCAUCCGUCAUACCAACCGCUACCAACUCAUCGACCAGCAAGCGGAGAAAGAAGACGUGA